AUGGCGAUAGCCAGGUCUCUCAUAGACCAGGGCGGCGCCUCGUCAGCAGCCGCCGCAGGGGUGGGCCCCGGGGAGGCAGCAACCGGCGCCGGCACAGGCGCGGGCACCGCGACGAUCAGCGCGGAGCGGGCACUUGCUGAUUCCCUGCAGGCCGCGGCGGCGCACCGCAGCCUUGAGCGCGCGGCGGCGGCCGGCGGCGGGGGCGGCGGCGCCGCGGGCGCCUCGGCCUCGGCUGGACAGGGGAAUUUGCCUUUCUGGGCGCAGGCGAUGCUGCGAGGCGCUGUCAGCCGUGGGGGCGGCGAUCCUUGGGGGGCGCCUGACGAUUGGGAGGAUGAGGAGAGUGAGGGGGAUGAGGAGGAAGACGAAGAGUCAGAUGAGGAGGAAGGCGAGGAGAUGGGAGGCAGCGCGGCUGCGGCUGCGGCACUCCAGGCAGCGGCAGCGCGGGGGCGGGGGCGGCAGCUGCUGGGCGUGGUAGCAGGGGGCGUGGGCGGCGGGCAGCGGCACGGCGUUGGCGCGGCCGUGACCACCGAGGGCGCAGCAGAAGCGGCGGUGGCGGCGGCGGCGGGUGUGCCCGCGCAGGCGCAGCCGCUGCCACCCCCCAGGCUGGUGGCGCAGCUGAGGGAUUGGGCGGCGCUGGCCAGCAGCAGCGACGGCAGCGGCAGCCCCAACUCACCGGAACGGCGGCAGUGGCUGCACGCCCGCGCCGCAACAAGAGGCGCGGCAUCACGGCUGCCGCCGCACAUAUUAGACAUGCUGCGGGCACCUGCGCGCGCCAGCGGCAGCAGCGGGAGCGCCGGAGCCUCCCCGCCGGCCGGUCCCGCUGCGUCCGCGGCCGGGACUGGCGUGUCGGCUGCAUUUGCUGAGGCGCUGCAGCGGCAGCGGGAGGUGGAGGGGCAGCAGGGCAGGCCGGCUGCAGGGGGCACGGCCUUGGCGGAGGCGAUUGCUGCCGCAGCGGCCGCGGCCGAUGCUUCUGCACAGCAACUGGCGUUCCUCGGCCUCACCGCCCGCGCGGUGCCGCAGCCGCAGGCGAGCGGUGCCGGCGCCGCACCAGCUGCCGGCUUCGCGGCAGCAGCUGCGGCCGCGCCGCCGCCUUGGCUCCUGCCGCCGGCCGGGGCAGCCGGCGGCGGUGCCGGCGGCGCGGGCGCCGGCCUGGCGGCCCUGACGGAGCUCGUCAGCGCAAUGGGCAUCGGCAGCCCUGCCGCCGCCAGCUGGGCUGGGCAGCACUACCCCUUCCCUUCGCAGCCCUGGCCGCCCGCCGCCGCGGCGGAUGCGGCCGCGGCCGCGGUGGCCGGCGCGCCCGCGCCGCCGGCGCCGCGCCAUGGCGGCGGCCGGAGCAUGCGGGAGCUGGUGGAGCUGAUGCAGGGCCGCCUGGCGCGCCUGCGGGCGAUGGGCGAUGACGUCAUGAUGACGUACGAGCAGAUGGUCGCGCUGGAGGACGUGCGCGUGUUCACGCCGCCGGACGCGGUCGCGGCGCUGAGGCGGAGCGCGGUGGCGCCGGCGGACCGAGCGGGCGCGGGCGAUGAUGGCGGUGCGGCCGAGUGUGCGGCUGAAGGUGACGGCAGGCAUUGCGGCGGCGACGUCCGGGAGGUCUGCGUCAUCUGCAUGAGCGAUUACGAGGCGGGUGACACGCGCCUGCACCUGCCCUGCGGCCACGCCUUCCACGACGAGUGCGGCUCCAAGUGGCUGGGCUACAGCAAGCGCUGCCCGGUCUGCAAGCGCGAGGUGUGCUGA